AUGAAAGACGAAGAAAUUGCGACGAGGCUUUCCUCUCUCGAAGACCUCUACUUCCCACGCGCCGUCCAAUCAACCGCUGGAUCUUCCGGCCAACGUAAAGCCAUCCUCCUCGACCUCCUCCGUCGUGAUCCCGCUGUUUUUCUUGAGCGUUACGGAUCGCAGCUGAGUCUAGAUGAGUUGCUUGUGUUUGAUGCUUUGAAACUUGACUACGAGGUUGAUUGGCACUUGAAAGAUCUUCGAAAGAAGUUAGAUCCGGAUUCAAGGCGUGUAGCUGUGAGGAAUAGGAGACUGGCUUACUUGAACAAGCUUGUAUCGGAAGGACAGUAUUUCUCAGAGGAUGCUAUGAGAGAUAGAGAGCCGUAUCUACACCACGAGUACGUGGGGAAGUAUCAGGAUUUGGUGGGUAGGAAUAUGGCUAGACCUGGAGAACGUUGGUCGGAGACGUUGAUGAGACGUGGAGAGGAAGCUACUUUGGUUGCUCGGAUUAGAGAGGAGCAGCAGAGGUUAGGUGUUGCGGAGAGUGAAUGGGUUGGUGAUGAGAAGGUGGAGGAAUCAGAAGAAGAAGAGGAAGAAGAAGAAGAAGAGGAGGAGGAAGAUGAUGAAGCAACAGGCUUGCCGGCAGAGGAGAUGCAAGAAAUGAUGGAUGAGUUUACAUCAAUCAUGAAGCAAAAGUUCUUGUCGGGGGAAGAUGAGCAGCAUUUGGAUUACUCAAAGAUAGACAAUGACGAGUCUCUUGAUGAUCAUUGGCUUCCAGAGAUGGGCGUUGAAGCUCAAGAAAAGUACUUCGAUGAAGACUAA